UGACCCAUCCUAAGUCUCACAGUUCAAGCUAAUCAUUGACAGAGCUUUACAAUCACAAGCUUUUUUACUGAAGCGUUGAUAAGACAGUCGAGCAGUUAGUGGCAAAUGAAGCCAGGCUGUGCGGCAUGAUCUCCAGGGAAUGAAUGGAUUUUCUUCAGCACCGAUGAAAGAAACAUACGCUAUAGGAAAACAAUGUCCAGCGGGGGACUGCAAAGAUCUGUCAUCCUGUCAGCGUUUAUCCUCCUACGAGCUGUUACUGGAUUCUCUGGAGACGGAAGAACUAUAUGGUCUAAAAAUCCUAAUUUCAGUCCGGUAAAUGAAAGUCAGCUGUUUCUCUAUGACACUUUUCCUAAAAACUUUUUCUGGGGCGUUGGGACUGGAGCAUUUCAAGUGGAAGGAAAUUGGAAGGCAGACGGAAAAGGACCUUCUAUAUGGGAUCAGUUCAUCCAUACUGACCUUAAAAAUGUCAACAGCACGAAUAGUUCCAGUGACAGUUACAUUUUUCUGGAAAAGGACUUAUCAGCCCUGGAUUUUAUAGGUGUUUCUUUCUAUCAAUUUUCAAUUUCCUGGCCAAGGCUUUUCCCAAGUGGAAUAGUAUCAGCUGUCAACGCAAAAGGUCUCCAGUAUUAUGAUACUCUUCUCAAUGCUCUGGUACUUAGAAACAUUGAACCUAUGGUUACUUUAUAUCAUUGGGAUUUGCCUUUGGCACUCCAGGAAAAAUAUGGAGGGUGGAAAAAUGAAACCAUAAUAGAUUUCUUCAAUGACUAUGCCACAUACUGUUUCCAGACAUUUGGGGACCGUGUCAAAUAUUGGAUUACAAUUCACAACCCAUAUCUAGUCGCUUGGCAUGGGUAUGGGACUGGUAUCCAUGCUCCUGGAGAGAAGGGAAAUUUAGCAGCUGUCUACACCGUGGGACACAACCUGAUCAAGGCUCAUUCGAAAGUUUGGCAUAACUACAACAGAAAUUUCCGCCCACAUCAGAAGGGUCAGCUGUCAAUCACGUUGGGAUCCCAUUGGAUUGAACCAAACAGAUCAGAAAAUACAAUGGAUAUACUCAAAUGCCAACAAUCCAUGGUUUCUGUGCUUGGGUGGUUUGCCAACCCUAUCCACAGGGAUGGCGACUAUCCAGAAGUGAUGAGAAAGCAGUUGUUCUCCAUUCUACCUCGUUUCUCUGAAGCAGAGAAGAAUGAGGUGAGGGGCACAGCUGACUUCUUUGCCUUUUCCUUUGGACCCAACAAUUUCAAGCCCCACAACACUAUGGCUAAACUGGGACAAAAUGUGUCACUCAAUUUAAGAGAUGUGCUAAACUGGAUUAAACUGGAAUAUGGCAAUCCCCGAAUCUUGAUUACCGAGAAUGGCUGGUUCACGGACAGUCACGUAAAAACAGAGGAUACCACAGCCAUCUACAUGAUGAAGAACUUCCUCAACCAGGUUCUUCAAGCAAUCAAGUUUGAUGAAAUACAAGUGUUUGGUUACACAGCCUGGUCCCUCCUGGAUGGCUUUGAAUGGCAGGAUGCUUACACCACUCGCCGAGGAUUAUUUUAUGUGGAUUUUAAUAGUAAACAAAAAGAAAGAAAGCCCAAGUCUUCAGCACAUUACUAUAAACAGAUCAUUCAAGAAAAUGGUUUCACUGUGAAAGAGUCCACACCAGAUGUGCAGGGUCAGUUUCCCUGUGAUUUCUCCUGGGGUGUCACUGAAUCUGUCCUUAAGCCUGAGUCGGUGGCUUCCUCCCCACAGUUCAGCGAUCCUCAUCUGUACGUGUGGAAUGUGACGGGCAACAGACUGUUGCAUCGAGUGGAAGGAGUGAGGCUGAAAACAAGGCCCGCUCAAUGCACGGAUUUUGUCAGCAUCAAAAGACAGCUUGAGAUGUUAGGAAGAAUGAAAGUGACCCACUAUCGGUUUGCUCUGGACUGGCCCUCAAUCCUUCCCACUGGCAACCUGUCCAUGGCUAACCGACAGGCUUUGAGGUACUACAGGUGUGUGGUCAGUGAGGGGCUGAAGCUCAACAUCUCCUCAAUGGUCACGCUGUACUAUCCGACCCACGCCCACCUAGGCCUCCCUGUGCCUCUGCUGCACAGCGGAGGGUGGCUGAACCGGUCCACGGCCGAGGCCUUCCAGGACUACGCCGACCUGUGCUUCCGGGAGCUGGGGGACCUGGUGAAGCUCUGGAUCACCAUCAACGAGCCUAACCGACUGAGUGACAUCUACGAGCAGUCUAGUAACGACACCUACUGGGCAGCCCACCAUCUGCUGAUCGCUCACGCCCUGGCCUGGCACCUCUACGACCGGCGGUACAGGCCUGUGCAGCGCGGGGCCGUGUCGCUGUCUCUGCACUCGGAUUGGGCCGAGCCCGCCAAUCCCUACGCGGACUCGCACUGGAAGGCGGCCGAGCGCUUCCUCCAGUUCGAAAUCGCCUGGUUCGCAGAACCCCUUUUCAAGACGGGGGACUACCCGCUGACCAUGAGAGAGUACGUCGCCUUCAAGAAUAGGCAGGGGCUCGCACGCUCCACGCUGCCUCAGUUCACCGAGGAGGAGAGGAGGCUGGUCAAGGGCACUGCGGACUUCUACGCCCUGAACCACUUUACCACCAGGUUCGUGAUGCACGAGCGCCAGAACGGCAGCACCUACGACACGGACAGGGACAUCCAGUUUCUGCAGGACAUCACCUGCCUGAGCUCCCCCACCCGCCUGGCCGUGAUGCCCUGGGGAGAGCGCAGGGUGCUGAAGUGGAUCCGGAGGAAUUAUGGAGACAUGGAUGUUUACAUCACGGCCAGUGGCAUCGAUGACCAGUCUCUGGAAAAUGAUGAACUCCGAAAAUACUACUUAGAGAAAUACAUUCAGGAGGCUUUGAAAGGCUACCUGAUUGAUAAAAUCAAAAUCAAAGGCUAUUAUGUAUUCAAACUGACUGAAGAAAAAUCUAGACCCAGAUUUGGAUUCUUCACACCCGAUUUCAAAGCUAAAUCCUCAAUCCAGUUUUACAACAAACUGAUCAGCGACAAUGGCUUCCUUUCUGAGAACAGUAGUCCUAGAUGCAGUCAGGCUCAGAGAAACACGGAAUGUAUUGUCUGCUUACUUCUUGUGCAGAAGAAACCGUUGAUAUUCUUUGGAUGUUGUUUCUUCUCCACCCUGGUUCUACUGUUAUCAAUUACCAUUUUUCAUAAGCGAAAAAGAAGAAAAAUUUGGAAAGCAAAGAACUCACAGCACAUACCGUUAAAGAAAGGCCACAAUAGAGUUCUUAGCUAAGCUGAUCUUAUUUCUGUCUGCAGAAUGGAAAAGUUUAAAAAUUCACUCCAGUUCCAUAUACUGGUAACUUACAGAAGAUACACCUAUAUUGUAGAAAAAAAGAACUUGAGAAUUUAGUGAUAGCCAAGGUAAUGACAAUCUUGGUCUCCAUUGUGUGGUUCAAAUUUUCCCUUAAAAGGUGUUGACAUCAGUGAAUUCAGUUCUUGGAUCUAAGGUAAAGGUUUCCCUAGACAGUAAGCCUGUGAUUAUCUGAUAUGUUGUUUCAUGGCGUUUGAUGAGCCGUUUCCUAUCAUUAUUCUCUAGUUUUCCUCUAUUCAUACCAGUAGCUAUUUAUGGUAAAAGAAAUUGUUUUGAAAGUACAACUUUGUUGAGACUCUACAGUGGAGAUUGUCAGUGAUAAAAUUCUGUCACUUUUUAGGUGCUUUCCCCUUUGAUCAGGGUGGUUCUCAAAUGGAAAAAAAUAGGGUUAAGAAGUAGUGUUUGUCUAUAGCCAGUUAUAUAUAGACUCUUAAGCACAUCAAUCCCUCAGCUUUUCUCAAUAGAAAUUAAAAUUGAGCAUUUAUAAAACAUCUCAUUUUAUGAGAUCUUUUAUCAGAUAUUUUUUAAAAAAAUAACAUUUAAUUUCCAGUAACUCAUGUAAACAUCAGAGGACAAAGAUUAAAGAGAACUAAACCCAACUGCCUGUGAAGACAGAGAAGUCAUUCAACCUCACAGUACAGCAACUUCUUCAAAUGGGUUUUAUUCCUCAACUGAAUCUUAGGAGGUGACAGAUGUGGCAAACAUUCUAAGAUAUAAAGAUUUUUUUAUAUUAUCGUUAUCAAAUUACCAUUUAUCCCAUGAGACUUGUUCUCUUCCCCUGAAGUCCUUCACUGAUCUAACACAAGCACAUAUGGACCUCUCAAGGUGUAGAAGGCACCUCCCAACUGUGGACACAAUUCAGAAUAUUGGUGGCCUGAGUAAACUAUUCUUACAUUGCAACCUUUGAAGCUAGGAUUAAGUGAAUCCUUAAAACUGAAUUUGCAGUUUGACUUUUUUGAAUUCUGUUCUUAACAUUCAUUCACUGUAUUCUAAAUGUUGGGGGGAAGAAAACCCAAAUCUAAACCCAUUUAUAUCCAUUCUUUCCUUAGGUGAGUCAAUAUUUAACUACUGUCUACUCCUCUGGAAGUCUGACUUCCAGAGUCAAAGGAAAGCUUAUUUCCUGCAUAACUGAGAUACUAAUUGAUAACAGCAUUAAGUUUCAAAGAUACAGAUAACACAAUUAGUCAAUUCAAACAAAUGCAAAAGUGGUUAAGACAUCAAUAUUCUGGCUGGCCAAUUCAAAUAGUAAAAUUUCAGAUGUUUUUCUUAUCUCUUUGUUCCAACUGCAUCCUUCCUCCAACCUUAGCAGCUUUUAUUUUCCAAGAAGUUUUUAUAUUUCUCUAAGAACCACUGGAGAAGGGAACGGCUACCCACUCCAGUAUUCUGGCCUGAAGACGUAUAGUCCAAAGGGUCACAAAGAUUGGACACGACUGAGCAACUUUCCUCUGAUUAUCAGGCUUGAGGCUAUACGUGAUUACAGUAACUAGUUUUUUAAUCCUAGAGUAUCAGUUGAGCAACUCAUCAACAUCCAAGGUUUUGAAAAAUAAAUCCAUAUUCAGUCAUAAGAACAGACUUGGAAUUAAGAUUUUUGCUUUCCUGUUUUGAUUAUAUUAUCUUAUAUUGUUUGUAAGUCUUUACAUUUAGAGCUUAAUGUAUCUUUUAAACUUGUCAUCUUGCCACAAAGUGAAAACUGUUAGUCACUCUUUGCAACUCUAUGGUCCAUCCAUGGGGUUCUCCAGGCAAUACUGGAGUGGGUUGCCCUUCCCUUCUCUCUAGGGGAUCUCACGGAGUCUCCUUCAUUGCAGGCAGAUUCUUUACCAUGUGAGCCACCAGGGAAGAAAAGGUAUCAAUAGUAAAGUCCCUAAUUCAAUGCUGUCCUCCCUUUUUUGCCACCUGGGAAUUUUACUAGUCUUUAAGCCAUCAUUAUACAUGAGUCCCUAGGUACAUACUUUAAUCUGGCUCAUGCUCAGUUAUACCUUUCAGGUUUUUCUUAAAUUCAUUUUAAAAUCAUACAUGGGGAUUCUCCUGGUGGACCAGUAGCUAAGAUUCCAUGCUCCCAAUGCAGGGGGUCUGGGUUCAAUCCCUGGUCAGGGAACUAGAACCCACAUACCACAUCUAAAGAGCCUUUGCCACAAGUAGACCCUGCAUUACCAAAUACAUUUUUUUUUAAUUAAAAAAUAAAACCAUAAAGAGUCAGUUAGGAACUGUUGGCAGCUUUUGACAGGAUCUUUUAAUUUACCUUUCGAAACUUGAAGAACAUCUUAAAAUGUAGUUUACUUUGUAUAUUGUUGCAGUCUCCACAUUCAGUUCAACAACCCUUUCACCAAGUCUGAUAUAUAUGGAAAUAUUGCAAUUAUGGUUUUAAAGAGCCUCUGGAAAUUGAGGUCAGUAAAUUAUGACUAGAUGUUUUAAUUCUCAAUGUAAUUUAUUCCAAAUAAACUGGCUUAUGCUGAUUAUUUAUAUUCAACUUAAGAGCUGUGGAAUGUGAAUGUUUGGUGUUUUAACUGGGUUUUGCCAACACCCCCUCCCUCCAUCCUCCCAAACUGUGCCAAUUGAGCAAUUUACUCCCAAGUAUGUUUUCUCAUUAGAAAAUGUAGACUGCUACACCUCAAAACUGAGGAUGCACUUACAUGCUCAUCCAUGGUAAACAGAAAACACGGAAAGCUUCUCUGGGGAGAACUACACUUUCCUUUACCACAUCUAAGUUAUUAAAUUGAAGUAACUCCUCAGCUACAACCAGACUGCCAAUAGUUAGCCUUUAAAGUCUCCACACUUCACUUCUGGUGUUACACACUCCAAUUGCUGCUACCACUGCCUAUAUACUGACACUCUUCAAUACUAACACCUUUAUCCCUCUGCAACAUUGCCACUUGGAGGUUUCAACCCUCAAAUUCAAUUUUAAAAUUCUGUCGAUACCUUAAAAACAUAUUUCGAGGCCCAUUACUAUUACUCAAUCUCCACAACCUCAAUCUCCCUGGCAAUGUGGGAACCAAUCACUCAGCAAACAGCUAUAUGACAGACACUGUUCUAAGAACUUGGAAUACCCCAGGGUAGACAAGGUCACACCCCCCUCCAUGAAGGUUAGACUCUUAGCAGGAAAAAAGCAUAUAAUCAAUACCCAACAAAGUAAACUAUUAAUCUUACAUUAUAAACAUUAUGGACAAAAACUGGAGCAGAGUGUGCUAGGAUGGACAUGAGGAAUGAGCACAACAGGCUUCACUGAAAAGUCACUCAAAGGAAAAGACAACUUAAUCAUCCAACACCUACCCCAAACCUCAUCUCAAAACAAUUCAAAGCAAAAUCUGUAUUUACAAUUUCACCCAUGUCUUAAAAAUUUAACUGUUAUCAAACCAAUGAUUAACUCAAUAUAAAAUUAAUUUCAUUUAUUUAAACCAAGAUCUUAGUAAGCGCACAGAUUUUAUUGAUGGACUAGACACAGUAUGUAAGACAAAGUUAAAUGUUUUGCCUGAGAAAUUACACGGUUAAGAGUUUCUAACAAAUGAGAUAGGGGAGGACUGCAGGUUUAGGGGCAACCCUACUGUACUGUAUAGUAGUAUAUCUGAAGUAUGACACAUGGAACGUUUAAGUUUUUUUUAAAGCCAUCAAAGACUAGGAUGUAGAUGUGGCUGAAAUUUGAGUAUAACUGAGAGAACCUUAGACUACAGCAACCAUGUUUAUCAUAAAUACAAAUUAACUCCAUCUUUUAAUUCUUACUAAGACAGUAUCACUUCUCAGCUGCUUUUUCAGUUACUGUGACUCAGGCAUUUGCCUCACAAAUAUUCAAAUCUGUGCCACUGCAAAAUUAGAUCUCCGAAAGUUCUUCCCACGAUAACCAUAUUCCUCUUGCCUGAAAUGUCCUUGGUAUUCCUUGAAGCCCCCUAUGCCAUUAAGUCUUGCUAACAACAUCUUUCUAACAACAACAAAAUCAAUCAACCACUCCUAUUCCUUCUGUUAUUGUUUUUAACACACUAGAAUUUACUUAACUGCUUACUGGCCAAAUAGUUUGAAAUGAUAAUCAGUAGGAAAAAAUCUCAAAUCAAGUUUUUAUUGUCUCUUUAAAACAUCACAACUGAGUCCAUAGAACCAUCUGCUAUCUUGUUUCUGCAGCAGGAUCACUGUAAAAAAGAAAAGAAAUAGUCUGUAAUUCUCCAUCAAUAUUCUUGCCCAGAAAAGUUUUAUUCUCAAUCAUGUAAAACAUGCUUUCUGCCUCUGCUACAACUACCAUUUAAGUUUCUUAAUUAAUUAGACCCAACUAAAGCAAUUGCAAAGAGUCGGAGACGACUGAGCGACUGAACUGAACUGAAAGCAAUCAAAUUAUACAGAUAUUACAAAAACCCACCUGAGAUCUUAUUCAUCAGCCUGCUGAACUGUUCCUUUUUCAGAAACAUAGAUACCAUCCAAAAAUUUUCUGAUAUCCUUGUUUUUAACUGUGGUGGCUUGCUGAAUCAAAGCAGCUAUAAGGGUGAAAAAGAUAAGGCAAUUAUCAGCCAAACCCAUCACAAGUAUUUCAUCACCUGCUGUACUUUAUAGCUUUUAAUUAAGAUCCCAAAAAUUAAAAA